CUAUGACACACGUCACACCACACUGUCCUGUCACACAUGCCAAACCACAACAACAUACAAAUUAAGAAGCGAUUUUCGGAUUUUGCUCUUUUUCUCAAUUUCUUUUCUCUAUAAUUUAUAAUUUUGUGAAUUUUCUCCUCACAAACCACCCCAUAAAAUAAAAUGGCAGCAGUCGUCAGAAUUAAACGUCGUCUAGAUGAAGACCCUUUGGAAAGUUUAGUGUUAAAUUGCAAACGAAAAAAAUCCAAUGGAAGCAAACAAUCCGAGGAACACGAAGACUUAUCAGCAGUCCUCAAAUUGGCCGGGACUUCGCAAAAAGAAGAAAACAUUGAAGCUCUUCUAAGAAAACACCGUGUUGGAGACGCAGCCGAGCUUAAAGAACAAUUCAAAAAGCAUCCGGUGAAUAUCAGCGACAAAAUCCGGGCAGACUUGAAGGAAUCUUCAAAAAACAACCGCUACAAAAUUGUGAAUUGCUUCAGGAAAACUUUAAAUAGCGAAGAUAAUGAGCCUCAAGCCAGCUGUUCCAGUGCCUCAGAAGUCACAGUAUUCGAUGUGGAGACUGAUCACAAUAGCAACGAACCUGCUACAGUUAACCAGGAACCCAGUAUGAAAUACGUUUACGACUUUUAUUAUACCAAUUCUGAUGAUUUUGGCGAAGCUGAUAUUGCUGAAUAUGUUAGUGUUUAUCCGGUAAACGAUCCUCUAGUCUUUGGUUCAAUAAGAGACAACGGGUUGUUGGAUAAUGAUUCUGAUGACGAGAGUGAAGAUUCUAAUGCUGAAAAUUAUUGGAAGAAUGAUUAUCCGGAUGAAGAGGAUUUGGAGAGUGUCAAUGAAGAUGAUAUGAUUGAAGCUGUAAAAAACUUAAAAAUGGAUGAAGAUCUCCUCUCCAGCGAUUCAGAUGCAGAAAAUUUGAUAUACAGCAGAGAGGAGGAGGACUUUCAACAGGCCAAUAUCGAUAAAGAGGACGAAUUGAGGUUUGGCCAAAAAUAUGCCGUUUUUAAAUCCAAAAAUAAAAACGUUGAAACAACAGGCCUGGCUAACGAUUUCUAUUGUGGAGACAUUGAUGAAGAAGAAUAUUAUUAUUAAGUUUUAGAAAAUAAGUAAGUAAAAUAACAUUUUUAAAAUAUUAUUUUUUUUUUGUAAUUAAAAGCAAGUAAAUAAUUACGAUUUAUUAUUA